CGUCGUACACACGAGCGUGAUUAGUGUGCGUGCGGGCUGCGCCGCGCUCGCUUGCUAUUGAUGUAAACAUUGACUGUUGUCAUUUUGUUUCAGUGCGUUUCCAAGAUCGUAUGGGACUCUUAUUGGAUGCAUUAAAACUUGUGAACAGCUGUCACCCUACAAUCAUAUAAGAAUUACAGUGCUCAUGUAACCCACACCCGCACAAUUUUGAUGAAGUGUUCAUCUUUGUUUACAUAACAGUGUUUUUUGUUGUUCCUACACCAAAGGAUUUCAUAGGAACCAAGCUCAAACUAUGUAGAUUUUUGUUUUACCUAUCCAACAAAUUGAUGCGAACGUGAUUGAGAAAUUUUAUUCUGGAUUUAAUCUAAAUUGCUGCUGCACUGCAUAGGGUAGCAAAAUGCCCUCGCUCUUAGAAGCCCUCGAGCGCAAAUACGGCGCCAAAGGCGAAGUCAACCCGUGCAUAGACAAUCUGCCGGUCGCCAUCUUCGUCCCGAAGCGGUCGCCUCGUUUGAGCGUCCCGACGCUGCUGGUGCUCAAUGACUGCGACAUCGACUGCGCGGGCGACGCCUGCGUGCUGGCUGACAAGUGCGCUGAUGUCGUUGAGCUGGAUAUAGCUAACAAUAAGCUUACGGAAUGGUCAGAGGUCUUCGCAAUAUUAGAGCAGACGCCGCGCGUGCGUUUCCUAAACCUGAGCUUCAACCGUCUUUCGGCACAAAUCCAGGCCGCGCAAGCUCUCAACCCUCGCUGGGACAGCCUCAGCAACCUCGUCCUGAACUCCACAUACGUCGGCUGGUCCAACGUGUACGCACUCCUCAAGGCUCUGCCAGCUCUCGAAGAACUGCACUUGAGCCUCAACGAGUACUCCUACGUGGACCUAAGUGGCAAGGAAGUUGACGAGAAGGAUAGAUGCGAUGCCUGCUCGAGACUCAAAGCGCCGGACUCCUACGAACCAGUACACGAGGGCUUGAAGAAACUCCACUUCUCCGGGAACCCUAUUAACAGCUGGCGGGAAAUAUCGAAAUUGGGAUACGCUUUCCCGAAUCUGGAAACGCUGUUGGUCAACGACUGUCCUGUCAAUACGUUGGAGCCGGAUCCUUGUGAGAAAUGCGGCGAUGACAAUGGAAAUAGAAAGAGUCACGAUGCCUUCCCACGCCUCCGGUUCUUGAACCUGAACAAUACGGGCCUCGGUACGUGGGACGAAGUGGACAGACUCGCGCAGUUUCCCUCGUUGAAGAGUUUACGAGUUCAGGGUUGGCCGCUAUGGGAGCGCCUGGAAUCCACGGAGCACGAGCGGCGGCUGCUGCUGGUGGCUCGGCUGCCUCGUGUGCGCACCCUGAACGGAGGAGGAGCGGUGCCCGAGGAGGAGCGGGACUCCGCCGAGAGGGCCUUCAUUCGGUACUACAUGGAGAAGCCGGAGAGCGACCGCCCGGAUAGGUACUGGGAGCUGGUGGGCGUCCAUGGCAAGCUGGACCCGCUGGUGUCCGUGGACCUGAGACCCGAGAAGCGGGUGCAGAUCACCUUCACCUGCGGGGAGAACAGCGAAGUCCGCACCGUUGACGUUUACAGAACUGUCGCCGACCUGAAGACUAGGCUGGAGCGUUUGGCAGGCUUUCCAGCGUCCAAAAUGAGACUCUUCUACGUCGAUCAAGAACUCAGAGACUCACAGGGGCCGGAAGAGAUGAAGUACCCGACCAAGCAGCUAUAUUCCUACAACAUCCGGUCGGGCGACGAGAUCAUCAUCGACUCGAAGCUGAAGCACUCGAUCUCCGCCAACUCGACUGCGUGAGACGCCGUCGAGAACCCUUAGUUGCCAGCGUUGACGUUAAGUGAAUAUCAUAGACAAAAAUGCAAUUUAGUCUAUUUCAUUUGGAUCUGUAGUUACAAUUUUAAAGUUGUCCGAGUUGUAGGAAGAUCUUUUGAGUAAUAUUCGGAGACCUUAAACAUUGGCAAAUAUUAUUAAACAAAUAACCGGGACAUUCGUACGGCUAAUGAUGAGGUACCACUUUUUGUGUCUGUGGAAUUAUAAAUCAUAGUCGGAACGGUUUUCGAAACACAUUUUUGCAGAUUCUUUGCAGAUCCAUAUGGAAUAGGCUAUAAAACCUAGUACUAUGGUCCUGCUUGCAAUCCUGUAAAAAAAGGAGCCAUCUGAGAAAGUGAUAUAUAUGCAGAUAAUAAUAUUAUUAUCAUCUCACUCUAGCGCAGCGGUAGGCAACCUUUUUUAUUUAAUUGAAAGCGAUGAUCGCGAUCUACGCGGUAAAAAUGCUAACUUUCGUGGACUGGAAUUUUGACACAAUUUGACAUCAGAAAAAUUAUUAACACGUCUACGUAUACUGUGGCCCACAUGGCCCCAUGCAGGGCCAUCUAGUUUAACUGUCAAAACAAUUGCUACCGUGAAUUGCUCUACUUGCUCCAGCUAUACUAUGCAAAGUGUGCAAGCAACAUUACAUAUGUAAAUAGUUGAUCAACGCAGUCAAACGGGCAACAAAAAUUUAGAUUCGAAGUUCUUAGCAUUUCACCAAUAGCAAAGUAGCUUUAAGUGCUAAAGCAUAUUUUUAUAUGAAAUGCAAGUAGUUUAUAAACGGGCCGCAGUUUCAAAAACCGGCCCUAACUUAAAUGCCAUGUGGUACAUAUUAUUUUACUAGUGGAAUUCAGUGGCGGGCAAAAUGCCACGAACUAUCCGUGAUGCCAUACGCAUGUGUACGCGCAGGAUAUAUAACAUUUUCCAUGCCAUACGCGCAAGAGGGUCCCAUAUCCCAUAUAACAUUUUCCAUACAAGAACGGGGCACCAUUUGCCACUGACCUCGGUUGAUAUGCCACUGAGAAUAAAGCAUUAAUUUUAAGUGUUCUUUAGACUAACAAAUGUGUUGUGGAAUUACCCCCUUA